AAACAAACGUCAGCCCCUCAAACGUCACCCCGGCAAACGUCAUCCAACAAAAAUGCCAUAAUAUUAUAUCUAUGAAAAAUGGCAUGCAGGCAUGAAUCGGCCUUUUGUGUACGACAUCCAUGAUGAGAGCCGGCCGAGCUUGUGGUCGCGAACAGGCACUACAUUGAACAAGUGGCUGUGGGUCGCGCUGUGCUGUGGUGUGCCUGGGGUACCAUGCUAUUUUUGUAAUUGCUGUGUGAGGAUCGAUCAUAACAGGGAUCGGGAAAGGACUAGAGUGAAUCAGUCAACGGGAACAGCGGCGGAGCGGAUAGCGCGACCGCACCGACCUCACGCACCCGGCGGUCGCAAGUCCACCCCAGAGAUGCUCAGCGCCGUGCGCUGCGCGCUCUCACAACUACAGGGCGAGCCGGCUCCGCCUCUGCCCGCCAAAGAUUCUUCAUCAGAGAGCAGCAAGCGGGAGGCAAAGGCCGAUACCGUCCUACAGCAGUGAAGUUACAUUAAAUUCCUCUGCUUAUAAACAUACAAAAGAGCUUAAAAAUUGAAUAAAGUAGAGCUAUAUGCAGCCGCUUCCGCUUUGACAUCUUAAGUACAUUGCACGACGCACUACGUUUUCAGGACAAGACGUGUAGCCAAGAAACCUAUCGAAAGUAAAGAAUGUGUGGAAAAGAU